AUGACUUCAGCACUUUAUUUAGAACACUAUUUAGAUAGUCUUCAGCAUUUACCUAUAGAAUUGCAAAGAAAUUUUAAAUUGAUGCGCGAUCUAGACGACCGUGCUCACGGACUAAUGAGGACAAUCGACCUUAUGGCUGACGAAUUGCUACCUACUAUCCCUAAAAUGGAUGAGGAGACCAAAAAGGACAAGGUAAAUACUAUACAAGGUCUUUUUAACAAAGCGAAAGAAUACGGGGAUGACAAAGUGCAACUUGCCAUACAAACUUAUGAGUUGGUUGACAAGCACAUACGUCGCCUUGACUCUGAUCUCGCUAGGUUUGAAUCUGAAAUACAGGAGAAAGUGAUGAGUGCACGUGCCGCGCAACAAGCUGCAGCUGACCAGGAAACAAAUACUACUACUGUGAAGAAAGGUAGAAAAAGGAGUAAAAUUAACGACAAGACUACAGCUACCACUGGUAAAAAGAAACGUGCAGGGGCGUCUAGCGAAGAAGAUGCUGUUGCGUCUGGCCGAUCAGCUGCCAAAAAGAAAGCAGUACGGAAAGGAGCAACUGCCACUGCUAAUGCUGUCAAAGAACAAGAAGAAACAGGAGAUUUGGAUUCAGUUGCAGGUAUGGCACAUCCUAGUGACGUGCUUGAUAUGCCAGUCGACCCUAAUGAGCCUACGUAUUGUUUGUGUCAUCAAGUGUCUUACGGAGAGAUGAUAGGAUGUGACAAUCCUGACUGUCCUAUAGAAUGGUUCCACUUUGCUUGUGUAGACCUUAAAAUUAAGCCAAAAGGCAAAUGGUAUUGCCCUAAGUGUACGCAAGACAGAAAGAAAAAAUGA